AAACAUCCUUGUCCUUGGUGCGGUAAACAGUUUAACCAAAUAUCCACAUAUAGGCGUUACAUUAGGACCCUAUCCACAGUCUGUCCAACAUGUGGUAUAAAUAGUGUAAAGCGAUUCGGUUUUAGCUGUUUUACGCAAUUUCGAUUGUACUAAGGUCUUCACGAAAGUUUAAGCUUCUUGAAAGGAAAUGAUUUCCAACACUGGGCUCUGCUUGUCUUGCUAUCGUGAUAAAAUAGACGCGUAUAACACCUCUUCAGCUUUCUAUAUAACAUUUAAUCAUAGUUGAUUGUGCCUCAAUAAAACGACAGAUUCCCAAAAGCUAGUGCUUCAUUUAACCGUAAAAAAACAAGUUUUUGACUGACAACAUAUGGGUCCAAUCACAACCUUUGACGAGCCUUACGUGGUUCGAGGGGGCGGUACAUUAUGCACACUGCGAAGACGCGGCAGCCAGAGAAACGAUACAAUCCGUCAGCCUCGGCGUUUAAAUAUCGGGCUAAUUUUCACGACACUUCGUCAACUAUGUACAUAUUUCUUCUGUUCUUGCGUCGAGAGAAAAUUCGUCGCGGAAGUUCCGACGCUCCCGCAGAGGCUUGAGACCGCCGCAUGAGGGGAUUGUCUGACGAGGUUGCCCAGUGAUUAUGAAAAAUCUCAGACAUGAUCUUGCUCGAACUCCAAAAAUGACGCACAUAAACUAGAAGUUUCACUUACUAAAUACUGUCCCAGGAUUACAAUCCCAUGUUUAAGUAAUUACAGCACGUCUGUCCGUCAUCAGAAGUGUAGACAAAAGGACGUUGUCACAAACACGCAUCCAAAUUUCCCCGGACUGCAGUGACCAUGAGUGACCAGCAGGAGGAGUAUGUGGAACACCAGUACAUGUGCAGCGAGUGUCAGCAGCUCUUCGGCACGCUGGAGGAGGUGCUGAUACACCAGCAGAUACACACCGGCGCAGAGGGGGAGGACGUGGAGGCCCUUUCCAGCCACGAAGAGUCCGGGGAGAGCCAGUACCAGUGUCUGGAGUGCGGCUCCCUCCUCAGGAAUUCAGAGGAACUGCUGCUUCAUCAAGAGCUGCACAUGCGGGAGACGGGGCUGGAUGUAGAACACGAACUGUGUGAGGUGGCGGAACCGGGCGGAAACGUGGCUGCUGUGCCGAUCCACUACCAGUGCCUGGAGUGCCUGGCCCUGUUCGACACGCCCGAACAGUGGCUGGCGCACCGGCAAACGCACGAGCGCAUCAGCACCCACAGCAGCAUGGCCGACACGGAUUACGUGCUGCAACCGGAUGGCACCGUCGCUCCCGUGGUCAACGUUCAGAAUCUGGUCCUGGACGAACAGAGGGCAGGGCAGAUCCUGACAUUAGCCCAGGCUCUCCGAGAGCAGCAAGCUCCGCCCAAGCCUGCAGCUCCGCCCAGAGCUGCCGUUCUCUCAGCCAGCUCAUCCAUACCCGGCUCCACCUCUGCAAUGCUCCGCCUCCAGUUCUGCUCUGCCCAGGCCAUUGCCGAUGGCUCCGCCUCGACGACCCUCCGCAAGGCUAAACUCCUCCCUCCUCUUCUGCCCUCCGAGCCAAUCAGGUUGGAGAACGGCAUGACCGCACUCAGCCUCCUCCCCCCUGUGGAGCAAGUGGACCUGGCAAAGCAUGCGGAGGAGGAGGUCCUGAUCAUUCACCCGUACGAGUGCUCGGAGUGCAACCUGCUGUUCAGCACGCCCGAGGACUUCCUUCACCACCAGGGGGAGCACUUCCUGGCGCAGGAGAAGGAGAGUGGGGGCGCCGGCGUCAUGCUGGGGUACGAAGACGCCGCCGCCGGUGGACGGGAAGACGACGGAAGGCGGGACGACGCCCGGGAGGAGGGGGGGAAGGCUGGGCAGGGGAAAGGUGCAGGCGGCAGGCGCCCGUACGGCGCUCGCUCCGCCGCCAACUCGGCCGCCGCCUUGCAGUGCGAGGACUGCAAGAGAACGUUCACCACCGCCAACCGGUUGGCGGCGCACCUGAGGGUGCACGAGCAGGGGACGCACGAGUGUCCGGAGUGCGACAAGGUGUUCAAGAAGGUGGGCUCGCUGCACACCCACAUGCGCACGCACUCGGGGGAGGCGCGCUUCCUGUGCGUGGACUGCGGACACAGCUUCACUACCGAAAUGACCCUCAUCAUACACAGGAAGUCCCAUACGUCGGAGCCUCUUCACAGGUGCCCUUUCUGUGCCAAAACCUUCACCAACAUGACCAAGUUCCUGUACCACCGCCGCACGCAUACAAACCGUGAGCCGGUCAACCCUGCUGCCACGGUUCCACUGACCCAGCGCUUGUCUCUAUCCAUCAUGCAGAGGGCAAGGGAACGAGAGGCCGUGUGGAGGAAACAGAAACGUGCAGCUGUCCUGCUUCCUGAGAGUGCUGAACAAGCUUCCGGCGAGCCUGUGCUGGAGACCUCAGCCUCCGCCUCUCAGGCUGCCAGAGCCGUCGAAAACGGGGUGGAUUCCGAGGAACCCGCCGCGGAAGGGGCUCGGGACUCGCCAGCGAUCCCGGACGGGCUUAACCCUCCGAACUCUGGCAGCUCCGAGUCCUCGGAGAAGGGAGGCAGGAAGCCGUGUGGUCCCGCAUGUGAAGGCGGUCAGGCGUUCCCGUGCUCCACCUGCAGUAAAGUGUUCUCCUCGCAGAUCCGCCUGCUGAGCCACCGGCGCUCUGCUCACUCGGCCGAGCGCCGCUUCAAGUGCACCGUCUGCGGGAAGCCGUUCAAGAAGCAGAUCCACCUCCGGAACCACCUGCGCACGCACACGGGCGAGCGGCCGUUUCAGUGCAGCGUGUGCGGCAAGACCUUCUCAUCACUCGCCAACCUCACGCGUCACGGCCUCACGCACACGGGCGUGAGGCCGUACCGCUGUGACGUGUGCCACCGGGCUUUCAGUCAGUCCUCCAACCUGCGGCAGCACCGCCUGCUCCACGGCGACCCCACGCCCUCUGCCUGCACAGACUGCUCGGCCACGUUCGUCCGGCCGGCUAAGCUCGUAGCGCACCGGUUCCUCCACCAUCCAGGGGCACCGGCGCCUUACCCGUGCCCGCACUGCCCAGAAGGCUUCCUUCGCAAGCGCCAAAGGGACAUGCACUGCCUGGAGGAGCACGCUGCUUUGAUGCAGUCUUACGCCGAUGGCGAGCAAGACUCGGGGGUCAAAGGUCAGCAGGCGGCCACUGAAGGCGGCGGGCAGCAGGCGGCCCCUCCCCCAAAGCCGAACUUGGACUGCACCAUCUGUGGAAAGCGCCUGAACUCCGCCGCCAACCUGCGCUUGCACCAGCUGAGCCACGGGCUUGGACCUGGGCGGCCUCGCGGCUCCGCCUCUGGCUCCGCCCCCGGAAAGUCUCACCCCUGCCCCGUGUGCGGAAAGCUGUUUGUGUCGGCGUCCAGCGUCACGCUGCACCAGCGGGUACACACAGGCGAGCGGCCGUAUCCCUGCUCCGUGUGCGGCAAGCGCUUCCGGCAGAACACGCACUUGCGCGAGCACCUGCGCACACACUCGGGUGAGCGCCCGUUCCGCUGCGAGUUCUGCAGCAAGGGCUUUGUGCAAAGCAUGCACCUGGCCGAGCACCGGCGCACGCACACAGGCGAGAGGCCGCACGCCUGCGCUGAGUGCGGCAAAGCCUUCAAGACUGUGUCCAACCUGAGAAACCACCGCAAGACCCACAUGCGCGCUCAGCCGCCAACGGAGCACAGCGAACCGAGCAGGGACGUUCCCGUGGAGGCCGCUGUGGAUGCCAGCAUGGCGACGGUCGCCGUGGUAAAUGCAGCCGAGGUCAACCUCACAUCUGCGGUACCGGCUCUUUGUCAGCAGGGCGCCCAGCUGGGACAACCGCAACUCAUCCAAAUCCAGACCUCCAGUCUGGAGCAGACUCAGGGCACUCCCACCAUCAUGUGCAACGAGUUUGGGGAGACGAUAGCCAUCAUCGAGACGAGCGGAGACCUGGCCGAGGCCAUAGAACUGUACCACACGGCGCUGGAGAGUGGUGUCAACAUGGAGGCCAUUACGAUAGACAGCCUCCAGCUGAUGUAAGCGAGAGAAAGAACACAAGCAGCCGUCCAUGUCCCGGGGCUGACCUGUGGGACGUGGGAGGCUGGAAGACGAAGCCAUGGAUUAGUUCGACAAAAGGGAGACUGGUGGGGGGGGGUGUAAUGGGCACAUGACAGCAAGUAGCACUGAGCUGGGACCAGGGUGGUCUGCAGACCGCAGUGAGAUGAGGGACGUGGCGGGAGGACUGCCCUGGUCGAUCUCUCAUCCCUGUUCUAAGGCACCCGACCCGGUCAUUCAGCGCACGACCCGUCUGCUAGAUUAGAACUGGAACCAAAUUCUGCAGGGCAGUAGAUCUCCGGACUCAAACUUGGGCGCCCGUUCUAUGGCUCGUCCCUCUGGGUCCGCAACUGGACGCAGCUCGCCACGGCGACCCUGAUGCUCCGGGACGGAAGACGGCCAAGCCUGGCAGGAGAGCAGUUGGGAAUUACUGCGUUACGGAUGCAAACUCCACUGCAGCAGCAGAAGGCGGGACAUGAUCGCACGGUGAACCCAGAGAGAGAGAUACGUUCCACUUUCUAUGCUCUAUUUCGGGACGAUUCACUCCUCAGAACAGCCCCUUCUGACAGCUCUUAUUCUGCGGGCCUGAAGCACGCCACCCAGGGCGAGCGAGACUGGGUGAACAGACGUAAACGCCCAGCUCGGCCGGAGUGCCGCGUUCAUUCAUCAUAAAGCUGGCCAAGGGGCACUAGUGAUGUGACCUUGUAAUACAAACUUGCUUCUGGUUUGUAGCAGUGUUGAAAAAAUAAACGUUCCUUUUUUUUAUAUAGUUUAAAAAAAAAAAAUGUACAAAAAUUACAAUGCGAUGUCUCAUGUCAAAGAUGUAAAUAAAAAUGAACUGUUUGCUUCCAUGAGUGUUUUUACUGACAUUUCUCAGGCAUGUUAACACAAGAUUGCAAAAGUGUGUGUGGGUGUAGGUGUGUGUAUAUAAUAAAGCUCCAUCUUCCCA